AAGUGACGCAAACGUCGUGGGCGGGGAUUCCAACGCCGGAAGUGACAGUUGCCGUGGAGACGUCAAGAUGGCGGCGGAGGACGAGAGCGAGUGGGAUGUUUGGAUGUUGGAUUCUCUGAGACUGUACAAUGACCUUCAUGUGUUUGAGCUUCGGGAACCAACACGAGUUAUAGAAUGGAUUCAGGAUAGAAGUAUCUGCAUCGCCGGAUACAAUGUGGGGAAGAAAAAUGAAAUCUUGGAGCUUUCCCUCCCUGAGAAACUCUGCGCUAAAGGAAACCAGGGACUUUGCCCAGAAAGAGACUUCACGGUGAAACAUGGCUGCUUCUCACAGAGGCCCAUUUACCAAUUGAAGCACGUUGUUGGAACCAGCCUGUUGGUGAGCAGUGGACCUCCUGAUGCCUUGCUACAGGUUUGGCGCUUGGCAACAGAUGAAAGCGAUACCAUCACCUUGGUGGACUCUAUCCAGCACCAGUCUCCAGGCAGCCAGUGGUCAAAAAUCUCUGCUGUCUGCUCUCCGACCCCUCAGGUCCUCCAUGGUUCAAAGGUUAGCGACCUCGCAAUCCAGGAAAUUGCAUCACACAAAGUGCUUUUUACCCCAGGGCUAGCUGACUGUGAGCCAAUCAGUGAGCUAGAGUUUCUUGAUCAUUCCACCUUUUCUUUCUGCUCCCUGAAUGGCCGCCUGUGGUUGGCUGAUAGCCGUCAGCGCUCCAGUCUGAUUGGGCACUCAGAUGUGCCUGUGAGCAACGAGGACGGCUACCAUUGGACAAUGGGAUGGGCGCCUGGGCACUCCAAGGUGGCCAGGCUGUGCUGGGACGGUCGAGUGGUGCUGACUGAUUAUCGAGACUUGAGCAGGACCCUCAGCCUGACCAAACUGGCAAUACCCACCACUAUCCCAAACAGUGACUGUCUGAGCUUGACAUGGGCACCCUGUCUACAGGACCAUCUCGCAGUGUCUGGUUUUAAUGGGACUGUUCACAUAUAUGACACCAGCUCGUGGUUGGCAAAAUCCAGUGGAGUGGAGCCAACCUUCAUCCACCAAGGUCACAGUGUCACCCCGGAGUUUGAUCAAGAGAAGCCUGUGGUCACCAGACAUGCUUGGCACCCCUGGAGACAACGGGUCCUGCUCUCAGCUGCAGACGAUGGCUCCUUCCAUGUCUGGGAUUGGACCGAUCAGAGAUCCUCUGAUAAUUAUGCUGCUGGAUCGAGUUUCGUCUCAUCAGUCUCUCCUUCCCAAGAGAAACCCCACACCACUGCAUGUCUCCUCCAGCAAACUCACUGUGUCUCACUCAUUGGUGACUCUGAUGCUAGCUCAAGUUCAACCAGGGGUGAUAGUUACGUGUGACCUGUGAGUAAUAACAUUGUAAUCGGUCACCUAUAACAGCCCAGUCCCCUUGCAAUGCAUCACAACCCGAUAUAAAUAAGGCUGUCACCAUGUGACCGACUGCCCCCUUGAUACUAUGGCCCUGUCACUGUGUGACUGACUGACCCUUUGUUGAAAGUGGAGGGACUCCUGUUGGUGCUUGUUGCAGUGUUUUGAGAGACUGUAGAUCUCCCUGUUAAAGGAUUCUUUGCGGAUGUUGGCAGUAUUGUAAGUUACUUAUGAUCGGAAAGCUGCUGUCACUAUUGAGGCUUGAAGAAUAAUUACAUGGAGGAGAUAUCAAGGAUUAGGUGCGAAGAUACUAGCAAGCGUCUUCAUAAAAGUUUUUAAUGUUUUAACUACUAAAAUUGGUGUACACCAUUGCAAGUGAAAAAAUGUUCUCUUUAUUCUUUGUUUAUUAAUGCUUUUUAAAACCAGCUAUCAAUUGUUGGUAACUUGGCACAAAUUAUAAAUAUUUAUUUUUGUGAUUA